UCUGGCGACCUCUCUAGCAGCAGCAGCAGCAGCAAAGCCAUGGAGCAAAUGGCCAAGUACUACUGGGGCAUGUUGACGGCCGCGGCUGGUAGUAGCAGCCCCAGGUCCUACUGGCCACCCCCGGCGCAUGCCACCGCCGCCGGCGAGCCGUCAUGGGAGGAGCUGGCGUUCGCCCGGGACGCGGCGGGGCACCUCGGCGGCUGCGUGUGGCCGCCGCGCUCCUACACCUGCACCUUCUGCCGCCGGGAGUUCAGGUCCGCGCAGGCGCUCGGCGGCCACAUGAACGUGCACCGCCGCGACCGGGCUCGCCUCCGCCAGUGCGCCUCGCCGGACCACGACGACGCACACAAGCAACAGCCGUCGAUCGAUAUCGCCCCUCCUGCUGCUGAUCAUCAUCACCAGCUUCUUCAGCUGCAGGAAUCUCCCUUGUUGAGGGCCAAGGCAGCAGUAUCAAUCUCUGGCCCUAAAUCUACUUGUUGUGAUCAUCAAAUUUACAGUCACGAUCAUCAGGAGGCUGUGAUUACCACUACUACUUCUCCUUCAUACUUAUCAACCGUCGUCAAGGAGAGCAAGAACAAGCUAGUCAUCUCCAUACCGGCAGCAACAAUCGAUGAUGAGGAUGAGGUGACCGUGGCGGCGGAGAGGAGGAAGCGAAGGCGAGUCCACCAGCAACCAGAGGCUCUGCUGCCGCUCUUCUUCCUGCGGCCUCUGGCAUCAUCCAAAUCCGGAGCUGAACAUGACGCAAAGGUACCCAAAGUAAUCACAAGCCCUAGUAGCCCCAAUACACUUCAUCUUGCAGCCCGGCAAGAAGUGGAUCUGGAGCUCAGGCUAGCUUUGAAGUAGGAUCCUAAAUGGAUCCGUACGCGAUUUCGCUCUUGUUUCAUCUCUUUCUCGAUCACCAUGCGAGUGUGUGCGUGCACAGCCGAAUCAUAUACUUGAUCCUUCGUGAUGAGGACUUUUCAGUUGUUCUUCCCCCCCUCUCUUCUCGAUUAAGGUUUCAUUGGUCAUCGUCAUCGGCUGCAUGAUGUUCUUGAUUUUAUCGAAGCCGCCUUUGGCCAGAGUUCUUGUUGUAAGAGCUUGUAUGUUAAUUGUCAAACUAAAACUAUAUAAAUGAUGAUCUAUAAA